AUGGCGUUGCUUCGAGACCCGCUUACCAAACUGUUGGAAGAGGAAAGACAAAAGUACUACAAUGAAACUCACCAACCAACAACUCACCAGCUCAAUCGAUUCAGCGCUACUUGCAAACUUCUCAAGGAAAAUCUUCAAGUUUUGCGCCAAAACAAAAGCUCAACACGUCAGAGGAAAUUAACAGCACGAGAAAACUUAGAGAAAAUUUCGAAACUGAGCUCCUCCGUCUUUGCCCUUUACUCCUUCUUCGUGACGGUCAGUGAAAUAGGGCAAAAGAGUUAUCUUGAGCUUAUCCCAAAACUUCGCAGCUGGUGGAGAAGCGUUGAACACCCGGAGAGGCUAUUGGAAACCGUGAAGGAUAUCUGUGAACUGGAGGGGAUUGAAUAUGUAGAAACUGUACUGUCGCCCAAAGAUAAAGAAAAUGCAUACAGCGAUAGCCAGUCAAGUGCAAUGGAAGGAUCUAUGUUCGUAUACCGUGACGAGACACCAAUGCUUCAAGUCAGCCUCCUACCAAGCGAGCCGCCGUACCAAGAGGUCAAUAUCACCACCCGAGAACUCAUCCACUUCCUUCAAACUAGCAACAGCCUCACGAAUCGGCCGGCCACAAUAAGUUUACUCCAACAAUAUGAGACUUCCUGUCCGAAUCUGAAAUUGAAACUUCCAUGGUACAGCGCCUUCCCAUCAGUCGAAAUCAAGGUUACGUCGGACGUGGGAUCAAGUGUCGCGUUGCUGUUCGCCUGGGAAUUGGCAAAUGACCUUGAUCAAAAACUUCUCACCAGGCUUCAGCGUAAGAAGAACUUCUCCUGGCAAUCCAUCUGUUUUCGUGUACCUCGCCGGCUUGCUGAGUACUCUGACGACCCCACCGCCGCCAUUACUUGUGACCAGAAGGGCCAAAACGGUUGA